ACUCAACUCACUAUACCGACAUCAUCUUCUCAACAAGCUCAUUGUAACCUCACUUGGUCUUUCAAACUCAACGACACCUGAUUUACCUUAGAGUAAAGCAGCAUGAACUUCAGCGUGGAGGAUGUCGAAGAUCGUGAUGGAGCUAGACUCUCCUGGAACGUCUGGCCUGGAUCAAGACUCGAAAGUACAAGGAUUGUAGUCCCCAUAGCUGCACUUUAUACUCCCCUCAAACAGCGUGACGAUCUACCUCCAGUUCUCUACGAGCCCGUCACCUGUAAACCUCCUUGUCGGGCUAUUCUCAAUCCGUAUUGUCAGAUCGAUGUGAGGGGAAAGCUAUGGAUUUGUCCCUUCUGCCUUCAAAGAAAUGCUUUUCCACCUCACUACAAAGACAUCUCGACCACUAAUCUGCCAGCUGAGCUCUUACCGAAAUACACAACGAUCGAAUACACACUCAACCGACCAGCACAAAUCCCCCCCAUCUUCUUAUAUGUUGUUGAUACUUGCUUAGAUGAAGAGGAUUUGAAGGCUCUGAGGGCAGAGUUGGUCAUCAGUUUGAGUCUGUUACCACCUACUGCUUUAGUCGGCUUGAUCACAUUCGGAACGAUGGCUCAAGUCCACGAGCUUGGGUAUGGAGAAUGCCCUAAAUCUUUUGUAUUCCGAGGCACAAAGGACUAUUCUCCUAAACAAAUUCAAGACAUGUUAGGUCUUGGACUCUCAGCAGGGGCCAUUCGACCACCCAAUGCUCCCAUGCCGCCACCAACUCAACAUGGUGCGACUCGGUUUUUGCUCCCUGUUCAACAAGUUGAAUUCUCUCUUACCGGAAUCUUGGAGCAGCUUCAAAGAGAUCCUUGGCCGGUUGAUAGUGACAAACGUCCACAGAGGUGCACUGGUGUGGCUGUCAGCGUAGCAGUAGGAUUGUUGGAAACUACUUUCCCCAAUACUGGAGCUCGCAUUAUGCUCUUCGCCGGUGGCCCCCCUUCACAGGGUCCAGGCCAGGUCGUGAGCACGGAAUUGAAGGAACCUAUCCGAUCCCAUCACGAUAUUGAUCGUGAUAAUGUCAAAUACUUCAAACGAGCUUGCAAGUUCUACGAGGCCUUGUCAAAACGAGCCUCAGCUAACGGCCACGCGAUCGAUAUCUUUGCUGGGUGUCUGGAUCAGGUUGGGCUGUUAGAAAUGAGAUCGUUGGCAAACGCAACCAAUGGGUUUAUGAUUCUAUCAGAUUCAUUCACUACCUCGAUUUUCCGACAAUCUUUCCAAAAGCUUUUUGAGAAAGAUGACGAAGGACAAUUGAAGAUGGGUUUCAACGCGACAUUUGAUGUUCAGACCACUAAAGAACUUAAAGUCUCAGGGUUGAUUGGACAUGCAGUCUCAGCCAAUAAAAAGUCGGCUUGUGUGGGAGAAACUGAGAUUGGAAUCGGACAAACAUCAGCUUGGAAGAUUUGCUCAUUAACUCCACGGACUUCGAAUGCUGUUUAUUUUGAGGUUGUUACUCCGGCCGGCCAACCUCUUGCGCCUAAUUCAAGAGGUUGUGUUCAAUUUGUCACUCACUAUCAACACGCUUCUGGUCAAUUUCGGUUACGAGUCACCACGUUGGCACGAGUAUUCGCCGAAGCGGGCAAUCCGAUCAUCUCUACAUCUUUCGAUCAAGAGGCAGCUGCCGUUUUAAUGGCUAGGAUUGCUGUCUUCAAGGCCGAGAUAGACGAUUCGCCUGAUGUAUUGAGAUGGUUAGAUCGAAUGUUAAUCCGACUUUGUCAGAAGUUUGCCGAUUAUAGAAAGGAGGAACCUAGCAGUUUCAGAUUGUCAGAUGGAUUUAGUAUCUAUCCUCAAUUCAUGUUUCAUUUGCGGAGGAGUCAAUUCCUUCAAGUGUUUAACAAUUCGCCUGAUGAAACAGCUUUUUAUAGACACAUUCUUAAUGCCGAAGAUGUAAACAAUUCACUGGUAGCAAUUCAGCCGACAUUGAUGUCAUACGGACUCGAUACCGAACCCACGCCAGUACUCUUAGACUCAGUCUCGAUCCAAGACAAUACUAUCCUUUUACUUGAUACAUUCUUCCACAUUUUAAUCUUCCAUGGUGCUACGAUUGCUCAAUGGCGUAAAGCUGGUUAUCAAGAGCAAGAAGAUUACGCUAACCUAAAGGAAUUGCUUCAAAGGCCAAAAGAUGAUGCAGCUGAUCUUCUGUCUGAUCGAUUCCCUGUACCGCGAUAUAUUGUGUGUGAUCAGAAUGGAUCACAAGCUAGAUUUUUGUUAUCGAAAUUGAACCCUUCCACUACGCAUGCAAGUGGUGGUGGAAUGUAUGGUCAGCAGGGUGCAGGCGGUAGUAUGAUCUUUACGGAUGAUGUCUCUCUACAAAUCUUUAUGGAACAUCUCAAGAAGUUGGCAGUCAGUGGUUCAAAUUAGAGAAUAGAGGAACAGUGAAAGCAGUUUUCUCAGCUUUGAGACAUAGAUUUGGACCAAAGGUCUUCCUGCUCUGGUUCUUCAAUCAUCGAGUGGUUCGAAUACGAAAGUAAUGCUAGAGAUUGUUUGAGUUUUGUUUGUUUCUUUUUGCAACUUGUGUGGUAAUAAGAUCGGAUGUGACUUUUUACUUAUAAAAGGUAAGCAUGCGAAAAAAGGUGACUCGAGGUAGUUUGGAGCAAAGAUUUUGGAGGGUAGUUUGGUUGGAAGGGAUGUUUUGUUUUUGAAUUGCUGAAUAAGCAACUGUUAUAAGUUGAUAUGAAGAAACGAAGAACUGACGUAGACCUUUGAAGAGCGU